GCUCCUGGGCUGUACGACUGGUGACUCGCCAGCAUCUUAGCAAUGUGACAAAAUAUAUGGAAUAUAUUUUUUCCACAUCGUUUUUGGACAUUGUAGUCUCAUUAAUGAUGAUUCCUUCCUCCUCGAUGUUAAGCAAUUAUUUGAAUCUACAGUGAUCUGACCAGUAGAGAUGCUCUCUGAUUAAUCUUUCUGGAUAUCUUCGGCUUCUCUUAAACAGUGAGUGAUCAAGACCCUGGACAUUGCAUGUUGUAUCAGCAUAUAAUAACAUAGUGCAGUUCUGCGUACAUAUAUAGGAAAUAGUAGCAAUAAGUGUAAUACACUUAUAUAAACCAACCAUCAAACAAAAUCAACCCAUUAGCAGACUGUAAUGGGAGGCGAGGCAGAGGAGAGGGUGGCUUCGGGCCUUCCAGAGAGGAGGAAAUCCAAAGAAGAAACAGAAGACAGUGAGAGCGAGAAGGAAUUAGAGGCAGAGCGCAGGGUUCCACGGAUCCCUCUGCAUCGCUGGGUAAUGCAUGGGGCAGUCAUGUUUGGACGCGAGUUCUGCUACGCCAUGGAAACAGCCCUGGUGACGCCCGUGCUGCUGCAGAUAGGUCUUCCUGAGCAAUAUUACAGCUUAACUUGGUUCCUCAGUCCUAUCCUGGGUCUCCUCUUCACACCCGUGAUCGGCUCAGCCAGUGACCGAUGUACUCUGCGAUGGGGCCGGAGAAGACCAUUCAUUCUGGCCCUGUGUGUGGGUGUGCUGCUGGGAGUGGCGCUGUUCUUAAAUGGAUCGUCAAUAGGCCUUUCCGUUGGUGACAGUCCCAGCAGCCAGCCAAUUGGCAUCGUCCUUACUGUAUUAGGUGUGGUGGUGCUGGACUUCAGCGCGGAUGCCUCUGAGGGACCAAUCAGAGCUUACCUUCUCGACGUUGCCGACACUGACGAGCAAGAUAUGGCCUUGAAUAUUCAUGCCUUCUCUGCUGGGCUCGGCGGAGCAGUGGGCUACAUGCUGGGUGGUCUAGACUGGACUGGCACAGCUCUGGGUCAAGCAUUUAAAUCCCAGGAACAAGUCCUCUUCUUGUUCGCAGGCAUCAUCUUCAUUAUCUCAGUCACACUGCACAUGCUCAGUAUCCCUGAGCGACCUUUCGCUCCUUCCAACCAGCUGAAAGAUACGGCAAGCGGGGAGUCUACAAGCCAGUUGUCUUUCAGGCCUGUUGGCCACACGCCACUUUUACUUGAUGUGAUUACAGAGGAGGAUGCUUCGGUCCGAGCCCCGUCCAGAGAGGACAAAGAAUCAGAUGAUGAGGAAGGAGAAAUGGACUUCCUUGCUGUGGAGCGUGUGCGGAGUAAAAGCGAUUCAGUCUUAGCCAUGGCAGAUGCUACAAUCGAGUUGGAUUCUGACCUCGACCCAGACGCACAACGUUUCCUGCCGCAGUUGCAACACUUUCUACAAAAGACAGACGGAGAGCUAGACGAUGCUUUCAAGCCAUCAAACGACGAUAUUGGGUCCUCGUCUCCUUCAGGGGGACAACCUGCUAUUUCUGAUGGGAUGGUGGUUUUAGAGCCUACAAAUCCAGACCGGCCUGAUCUUAAGGGUCCAACAAACGGCACUCCUUCUCUGCUUCGGAUCAGUUCUGGUUCAGAGGACUCGCAUCUGAAAACACGGGUCAAGGGCAAUGGUGUCGAUUCUGGCUUCUCCUCUUCUGACUACUGCAAUUCGAUGAAAGGCCACGCCUCCUCUAUGUUGCCAAGCCGCCCCUCCAACACCUCAGUUUCAUCACGACCACACCCACACACCUUCUACAGACAGCCCUCCUUCACUUUCUCCUACUACGGACGAGUGGGAUCGCAGCGCUAUCGGCUGCGAAAAGCAACACCAUGGAGCUCUCGGCCAAUUACCACCUCCCACAGUCUCAACGACCUAAGUGAGCUCCAUCGGCGUGCAGAUAGGCGCGAGUUGCAGCUGUCAGCUAGCAGUCUGUCAUCCGAGGGCUCCAGCAGUGAGGGGGAGCUGACAGGUACAACUGUUCGCCUGCUCUGGCUAUCCAUGUUGAAGAUGCCAAGGCAGCUGUGGAGAUUGUGUGUGUGCCACCUCCUCACAUGGUUCUCCAUUAUAGCUGAAGCUGUGUUUUACACUGAUUUCAUGGGGCAAGUCAUCUACCACGGAGACCCCACGGCACCAGCCAAUUCCACGGAGCUACUUAACUACCACAGAGGAGUCCAGAUGGGCUGCUGGGGCCUGGUGGUCUAUGCUGCUACUGCUGCUGUUUGCUCUGCAAUCCUUCAGAAGUACCUGGAUAAUUUUGACCUGAGCAUUAAGAUUAUCUACAUUGUUGGAACCCUGGGAUUCUCAAUAGGAACCGCUGUCAUGGCAAUCUUCCCUAAUGUUUAUGUUACCAUGGUGAUGAUCAGUAGCAUGGGCAUCAUCUCCAUGAGUAUCUCCUACUGUCCCUAUGCACUACUCGGGCAGUAUCAUGAAAUCAAAGAGUACAUUCAUCACAGUCCAGAAAACACUAGAAGGGGUUUCGGUAUUGACUGCGCUAUCUUGUCCUGCCAGGUCUAUAUCAGCCAGAUUCUGGUUGCAUCGGCCCUUGGUGCUGUGGUAGACGCGGUUGGCAGUGUGCGUGUAAUUCCUGCAGUGGCCUCUGGAGGCUCCUUCCUUGGCUUCCUCACAGCCUGUUUCCUCGUCAUUUAUCCUGAUAUGGAGCCCAGCAGCUCAGAGCAGGACCUGAGCCUGACGGGUAUAAAUGGAGAUUCAGACCAAAACGGAGGAAGGACCAGUGACCAGAGGUUGGCUCUGCUGAACAUCACAGAUGAAGAUAUUUUGAAGAAGACAGAGAAUCACGCUGUUGCCUGAGCAUGUAAAGAAUUGUUUAGGUUUCUUCUCACUAAGCACACACCACAACAUGUGUGGAUUGUACCAAAUGCCUGUGCUUAUCUGAAGGAGAAAAGAUGACAAAAGAUGGCACAAAGUUCGACCUAAACCCCUUCUUCUUAAUUGCUACCUCAACCCUAAAACAAAUAACUGUGUAGAUGGCUAGAUGGAUAGAAGUAAGCCGUUAAAACACAAGGACCCACAUGAUAGUGACUAGGUGAGACUGUUCAAACUAACUUAGCUCAGACUACUGAAACAAAUGUGAGCUUUUAUUGCAAAAAACACCAACGGGAAGCACACAGAGCACUUUGUCUCACUCCUGAACAGUAUUGUCACACUGAUGCUGCAGAAUUUCUUUUUUUACGUAUUUUUUAUUAUUACGUAAUGUGUGAUAUUUUACUUCACAGAAGCUGCUCCAUAACUACUUAAUCGACAACCAUAGUGCUGUAAAAUUGUGUACCUCUGCAUAACAUGUUGACUGAAUACAAUUGUUAAUAUUUGUUCCAGUCUCUUCAUGCAUACUUGAUAUCAUAUUGUUAUUUUAGAAACGCAUAGCAAGCUUGUGCGCAGUUAGAAGUGCCUUUUUAAUAUGUUUUUUUUCUUUCUUGCCUGUACAGAAACAGCUGUUCUUUCAUGCCAUGAUACACAAAAAACAUUUUAUCAUACUUUUGUUAAGAAAUUAAGCCAGAAGCUGUGAGAAUGCAUGUUUGAGUCUGCGGACGGAUCUGUUAUCUGUUGCUUUUAUUCAAAUUGCAAUGCAAAAUCUGUGCCAAUAAAGCCAGAUUUUGCAUUGCCUGUGAAUUUACACUGUAAAUGCCAGUGUCCUCAUGUUCGCUCAAGUUUGACCUUAAGUGGUGUUGGGCCACAGCAGGAUCUGUAAUAGAGGCUGGCAUUUGUUUUGCUUUCUAAUGGAAAAAAAAAAAGGGUUUGAAAUAUACAUUCCAAGUACAGAGGAAAUGGGAAACAUCAUGACAUGUUUCUCAUAUGUAGUUGACAUGUAGUUUUGAUUUUUGGAUAGAAAGGCUCCGUCAUUAGAACAAUGUAAUUCCAUUAGCCCACAUUAGUUAAGUGUGCCAUGCUGAUCAUGUUGUAAUUGUAAAACUGUCUUGCUGUACAGAAAGGACAAAUGAGAAGAUAAAUAGCUCCCAUACUGCCAGGCUUCAGUUUACAGAGAACAGCAGACGAGGGUUAGCAGAGAGUCUGUGGAGGAUUGUGAACAUUAAGCAGCAUGCCAGAGAAUGUUAAAACAGUCCCUACACAGCUUAACAUAUCUGCAGAGUGCAGUGUGCACUAUUUAAUGAAACAGCAUAGUAUAUCCUCUUUGAAGGUACAUCUUAGGUAGAACCUUAUCACUCCUGAUUAUGGGAGUGAGUGUAAAUGCACAGAGCAGCCUUAAGCUCACUAAUAAGAGUAUUAGUAUUUAAUUGGGGAGGUUUGUUGUCAUAUAAUCAAUAUCAUGCUGCAUAUUGAAUGGUAGAGAGGAUCACGUCUAUGCAAGGCCAACUACAGAUCUAUGCAAACUAGAAAUUCCUUUUGGCCGACGUGUAAUGAGCAAAUGAAUCUUAAAGAGAAACACUGGACCUUCUCAGUUCACUUUCUUCUUUAAAUGAUUGUCUAACUCAGAGGUAACAAUGGUGGAAACUCUUGUGGACACAUUGCACAGAUUUUGUGUUUCACAGCAAGAAGGGGUUAACUUUUAUGACCUCACUGAGGGCAAGAUGUCGAGUGUAUGUUUUCCUGCUAGUCAUGCCAAGGCUUUGCCUGCCAUGACUGAAUGGUGUAUUCUGAUUUACAAUCACUACAAAGGGAACUUCCUAAUUCUAUGGCUUUUAUGCAUCAGAUAAUGAAGGGAAAAUGUUAAAAAAAUGAAUACAAAAUAAUAUAAUUAUUAACUACCGGUAAUUUCCCUGUAAAUAGUAAAGCAGAUGUGCUGUUAGAGUGUGUGUGUGUGUGUGUGUGUGUGUGUGUGUGUGUGUG